CUUGCAUUCUUUCUUCUUUGUCUUUGAUUGGCUUUGAAUCUGUCCAUACAUCUUCAGUGAAAUCUUAUAAAUGUCAUGAACAUGGAUAAUUCCUUAGUAAAUUCUUUGAACCAAAUCAAUUUAUCAAUGGAUACCUCCAUGCUGAGUGCUUCUAAUGACUCCCUGACUUUAACUACUAAUACAUCUUUCUUAAGUGAUAACUUACUUAGUUCGGGAGUUAAUACUAGUGGUACUAAUGCUGAUUAUUCUAGUAACGCACUGACCAAGUUUUGGUCGUCUACCCCUACAUCAACCAAUUUCAACAACUUAUCCUUUACAAACUAUUCAGUCCAACCACAAAUUCAAAAUCAACAGCAAUUACAAUCCCCGCAACAAGUUCAACAAAUGCAAAGCUAUGCUCCCAAAUUACAAUACUCGUCGUCAUUACUUAGAACUGAUGAGCAACCUACUACUAGCACAAGUAAUAGUAGUUUGAUGACAAAUGCUUCUUCAAUUUCAACUAGCACUUCCAACAACAAAUACAACAAGCCUAUAUUAAAUAUCAAUGCCCCUAGCUAUGUUCCUGACUAUGCUAACUACAACACGAACAAUUCAAAUACCAUGAAUGAUAAGUAUAAGUACUAUUAUAAUAAUGCUAAUAUGAAUAGAGAUUAUGAUACUUCUUCUAGUGGAGUUGAUCUUACUGAAGAUUAUAACAAGUUAAAGCUAGAAUUAUUUUUAAAGAAUCAAAUGAUUAAAAACUUAACUGAACAAAUUAAUAGUAUGAACAAGAUGAAAAAUUCAGUUGAUCAAGGCGGGGGGACCACGACCAAUUCCUUUAAAGUUCCCAAGAAUCAUUAUCAGUUAUUCCAAGACUUGUCUAAAACCCUUCAAGAGAAAUCAGACGAAUUAGAAGAAACAAAAAGUAGAUUAGAAGCAGUGUUGGUUUCGUUGGCACAGUCGAAUACUCCAACCAUGCCUGCCGAUUAUAAUUAUGAUCUCCAAGAAUUAAGCCACAAGUUAAUUAACAAGUUAUCUGAGUUACUGAAUGAGAAUGAAAAUUUGUUGAAAAUGGUCAGUUAUGGAAAUAAAACAAGUUUAUUGAUUGAAAUUGGGUUGUUACGUCACGAGCUUGAACAGUUGAGAAGUAAGGAGAGAAGUACUGCUAAAGAAGAGUGACGUAUGACCGAUCAAAAAUUUGACGUCAGGGGCUCCUCCAACACGAGUUUCCCACGUUGGGUGACUUUUGCAGCAAUUAAAGAGGGCUUAGAACAUGUUGUUUUUUUUUCGUAUGUUUUAUUUUUCCAGACUAACAAUUAAUAAGUAAUAAUGAAGAAAAGAUAGUUAUAAAGAUAAUCGAUGACCUGAAAAUAACCUCAUCAUAAUAUAGUAAUAGUAAUAAGAAACUUUUAAUUAAUGGAAUUUAAAAUGGUCAUUUUAACUGUGGGUUUAGGGCGUGUAUAUGUGCAUGGCUGGGCUGUGCGCAUAUAUGAUUAAUUAUUUGCAUAUUUUUUUUCCGAGGGUUUCACAUUUUUUGCUUUUGAAGUUUAUCUAAUUAUUUAUUGUACCCUUGAGUAACCUUUGUAUAUAGGUUAUCUGUCUAUAUAGUUUUAUUAAUUUUGUGCACAAAUAAAUGCGCCACAUUCUAGAACGUCGGUGUUGCGUUGCACUGUACCAUGUAGCAAAGGGGGGGCUCGGCAAUAUAUAGCCUCUGUCUUAGACAUACAAACACAAAAACGCGAGCAAGUUUAUGUAUGACAUCAGGUGCUUCGGGUUAAUCAUAGGCACCUAAAUAUAGAAGCAAUGUUUAUGUUUUGAUUUCUUUUUUUUUUUAUUUUGAUCUGGGCCGAGAAUUAGGAAUCUUCGGUAAUUUUAUUAAUAACAAUGAGCUUCAGAUCAAGCU